AUGGCUGAGCAACCCAAGAAGCCGGCGGGCGGAGCUUAUGGCUGCUGGCUGGCGGAGCACCGGGCGGAGUUGCAGAAGGAGGUGGGUCCAGGGAAGCCGGCAUCCGAGGUUGCCAAGCUCGCCGGAGCCCGCUACAAGACCCUCAGCGAGGACACUAAGGCCGUGUACCAAAAGAAGUUCGAGGCAGCCAAGGUCAAGUACGAGGCAGAUAUGGCCGCGUUCCUCGAAGCAGGCGGCGAGAAGAAGAGCACCAAGAGGAAGGCAGAGAAGUCCUCGAAGCCCAAGAAGGAUCCGGCCGCGCCAAAGAAACCUGCGGGUGGUGCCUUCGGCUGCUUCCUUUCCAAGAACCGGGCAGCUUUCACCGAAGAGUGUAAAGGCCAGCCAGUGACGGCCGUCACCAAGCUGGCUUCCGACAGGUGGAAGGCUCUCAGCGAGGACGAGAAGAAGAUCUACCAAGCGGACUACGAGGCAAAGAAGGCCGAGUACGAAGAGGCCAUGAAGUCCUACGUGCCACUUCCCAGUGCCGAUGACGAGGCCGAGAAGCCGGUGGCUAAGACCUCAGGCAGUACGCACGUUUUGCUUUUUUUGGUACCCUAA